AUGCUUCAAGAGGCCUUGAAGGAGGACUGCAUUUCAAGGUCACAGUCCAGGAGGUGGCACAAGGCGUUCAAGGAGGGCCUGGAGCAGGUUGCCGACAAAUGCCGUUCAGGACGCCCAACAACGACCACAACCGACGAAAACGUGGAUCGUGUGCGCGAAGUUUUGCGUUCCGACCGUCGACUGAGCAUCCAGCAAAUUGCUGACACCCUGUACAUGUCCACAUUUGCCGUACAUAGGACAGUGACCGAGGAUCUGCAAAUGCGCAAGGUCUGCUCGAAGCUUGUGCCGAAAGUAUUGGUGGAAGAUCAGAAAGAACCUCGAGCCUUGCGCGGCAAAGAACUGUUGGAUUCGAUUCAAAAUAAGCCGGACUUUGUUAACUCUGUCGCAACCGGAGAUGAAUCCUGGAUGUUCGAGAACGACUCAGAAUCGAAAAGGCAGAGCAGCGAGUGCCGCACAACAUCAUCUUCCCCCCAGAAAGCGUGA